GUUCGCACGGAUGAUUUUUGAAUUCUACAUUUGAACUGUGAAUACAUUUGGAACUCGCAUUUGAGCCGAUUACCAUCGAAGAGAAGCGGCGAGCUUAAAAUUAAAUGGAUAAUUAUAUAAGUAGUAUAAUUAAAGACUUUAUUUAAAAAUUGAGUUUGUGUGUGAAUAAACUGUGAACAGUGCAACUUAGAGCCGCUGCAAGAAGAUCUACUGUGACAUGGUGUAUUAGUGUGGGAGUGUGCGUGCGUGUGACAAUUAACUGUAAUCAAUUCAUUAUAUUACUUUUGGGGUUGUCAAAUGGAAAUUUGUGUACUGUUAUGUAUUGCGGCUUGCAUAUUGACUGGCACCGUUAACUGAUAUUCGCGCACACUUAAGAAAUCGUGCAUUUAAUAUUAAUAACUCUACAACAACAUUAACAAUUAAGUAGCCACUUAUCGCCAACUUUUGCUACCAAUUUGAACUAACAACAAUCAUACAACCAAAAAGCGUGCAAGCCAACUGAAAAGAAAAAACGACAACAACAGUAAUAUUCACUACAUAUUUCUCCAUUGGGAUCAUUGCAAUCGUUGUGAUUAAUUGCAUGUGGCAGUUGAAAGUGAUUGAUAAAUUGCAGCAAUGCGAUAGCCGUGUUGCUGUUGCUACCUUGCAUUGCCACUAUACACCUAGUUUCGCUGCUUGAGCCGUGUCGCCGAGGCGCACAGGUAGGCAGCAGCAAUGCACUUCGCCAAAACAAAAACCAGCAAAAAAAUUUGAGACAAAGAAAUUAAUAAAUGCAAUGUGUGCGCGUGCAGCAAAUAAAGAUAAUAAAAACAACGAAAUUUUAAAAGUAAAAAACAACAACAAAAUGAAAACAGCAACACUCAGUGCACCAACGCAAUUUUCGAAGCUGUGAAAGUGACCGCAUUUUAAUGAGACAAGCGGCGAUGCAGUCGGAAUGGUGAAUUUAGAAGGAUACAAAAUUUGCAAAAAAUUAUGCAGAGUGAAAAGUUUCAAAAUCAAUCUGACGGUGCUGUGUUUGUAUGUAUUUGUAUAUCCAAAUAAAAAUAUUUAAAAUCAAAGCGUUUAGAAAAUAUAAAAUGAAACAAACAAUUUAAAUAAUGUUUGCAGUGAAUGGCAAAUGGAGGCAUUGCUUUGCUUAUGAAAUAAACAUGUAAAUUGAUUUAAAAAAAUUAAUCGAAUUUGGUUCAAUUUGAUAUUUGAUUAAUAACUGCAUUUUCAGACUCUAGAUCAUUAAUAAUUCUCUACAAAAUAGUCCAAAAUUGUCAACAAAUUACUAAUUUAACUACAAUUUGAGUUUAAAACUACAUCGUCUAAAAAUUCUACCAACCCAGCAUUGGACCCUCAUUGCGCAGUUGAGAAUAUUUGGCUGAGUGUGGCUUACAAGGAAUACAUUAAAGGAUUGGAGUUGAUUACUGGAUGGGAGCUGAUGGUUUCUUACUAAUAUAAUUGCUCAGUGCCAACCUCAUUGCCUGGAAAAGCUGGACGAAAUUCAAGUCUCUCCACAAUGCCUCACUGACAUGGCAGAGGGCUGUGAGGAAUCGGAGAGCCAGCCAAGCAACCGCAAAGCCGAUAACGCGCCGACCAUGCUCGGCACUGUCUUGCCAUGCGAAGCCGCCAUUACAGCCGCCUCAUUGGGCACUACCUCGACCGCCGGUGGUGGCAUUGUCAUCAAGCGUGAACCCUCAACAAAUACCAGCCCCUUCGUGGACGCCAGCGUGCAUCAUUUGAGCGGCAGCAUUUCAGCCACUGUCAGCCUCACCGCCACGGGCACGUCCAGCCCCGGCGAUACACCGCCACCACCCACAACAACAACGCCAACGCAAAUAUUGGCCAUCUCACCGAACGGUUGUCGUCCGACAACACCUGCGCUACAACAGCAACAACGCACACCCACGCCUAUAACAGGCACUCGAAUCGUCAGCACUACAGUAGGGGCCGCGACGGCCUGUUCCUCUUCUUCAUCGUCGACAUCGUCCUCUUCUUCUAACUCAUCGAUGACUUCAUCCACUUCGUCCUCAUCCUCGACUGCUUCGUCAUCGACGACAGCGGCAGUUGCGCCCAAUUCAAAUGCCAACAAAUCGCCUUGCAGCAUAGCGGGGUCGCCGUACUCCACAUCGGCGGUCGCGUCGUCAGUACGCGGCGGUAUCUCACCAACAUCACCACCGCUUUCCUCAGCGGCAUCGGGCGCGGCACCUGGCACACCCAGCGUUUUGGAAGCAAGCAACGGUAGUUGCGGCUCUACAUCUGCCAAUGGCAUUGGUGCGACAGGCGGUAUGUUGGCAACAGCGCAGGCAACAGCGCAGGCAACGACGACAACAGCGGCGCUGGCUAUGACAGCGACCGCAACAUCGCCAACUGCAACAGGGCAACACCAACGUACACCUUCGCCAAUCGCUGAGACGGCAACAUUGCUGCCACAUGUGGCACUCAACAUAAAAACAGAAUCGCUAUGGACAAAUGCUGCGCAUACCUGCAUAUUGCAAAAGGUACUCGUAGAUGUGGAUGCUACAACUGGCGGCGGGCGCAAAAGCUGA